CUGUGCAGAUUGAGAUGUUACAGGUUAAGAUAGAUCGGCAGUAUGAUGAGUACGAUGAGUGAGCAUUGGCGUAGUAAAAGUUCGCGAGUCUCCGAUUACGAUCAUUCAGAGUUGUUCAAAGACAUUGUGAUUCCAAAUUGUAAAUGACGUCAAUGUGUAGUUGAGUGCAAGAACCUUAGUGCUUAGAGCUGGCUCUGAUAGUGAUAAUGUUUAUCAGUGAUAGUGCGGUAUCAGCUAGCUGGGUUUAUUAAUGUGUAUUGCUAUUUACUGACUGCUGACUUGCUUGUGUAUCAACUGUGUCAUAGUGCUUCUGAUUUAGAACCAGUCAAUAUUAAUUUGUUUGUUUAUCAACUAUCAUAAUAUUUGGCAGCUUCUCAACUAGCAGCCGGAAACACAAUCUCAUCAUACAAUGCCCCGUAACCGGGACGAUAUGCAAGUCAACGUGGCGGGCAUAAGAAGGAAUAUUAAGAACCUCGCGCACAACUACUCCGAUGCCCAGGUAAAAGUGCGCGAGGCAACCUCAAACGACCCAUGGGGCCCGUCCAGCACGCUGAUGGCGGAGAUCGCCGACCUCACGUACAACGUGAUGGCCUUCACGGAGAUCAUGCAGAUGAUCUGGAAGCGCCUCAACGACCACGGCAAGAACUGGCGGCAUGUGUACAAGGCGCUCGUGCUCAUGGAGUAUCUGAUUAAGACUGGCAGUGAGAAGGUCGCAAUGCAAUGCAAGGAGAACAUCUACGCGAUACACACACUGAAGGACUUCCAGUACAUGGAAGAGGGGAAAGACCAGGGUCUAAACGUGCGCGAGAAGGCCAAGCAGCUAGUAAAUCUGCUGAAAGACGACGAGCGACUCAAGAACGAGCGAGCACGGGCGUUGAAGGCCAAGCAGCGGUUCGCACAGAGCGCCAGCGCCUUCGGUAGUGAUGGCGCACUGGACACGGCCAGCAGCCCCACCUUCCCCGCGCUGAGCAGCGGCUCGGGCAGCGGCGGUGAGUGGGCGGGCGCGCGCGAGACGGAGCUGGCGCGGCCGCUGACGGCGGGCGAGGAGGAGCUGCAGCUGCAGCUGGCGCUGGCCAUGAGCCGCGAGGAGGCGGAGCGCGACGAGCGCCGGCGCCGCUCCGACGACGUGCGCCUGCAGCUCGCCAUCAGCCAGUCGCAGCACGACCUGCAAGAACCAGAAAAGCCGAAGAAGUCUGAGCCGCAGUCGCACCUCCUAGACUUGCUGGAUGUGAACCUGGGCCCGCCCGCACCCGCCGCCGCCUCCGCGCUCGACCCCUGGGGCCUGCCCAGCAGCCGCCCGCCGCCCAUACAGGAGACAGCGGCGGACACGUGGUCGGGCGUGGGCAGCCCCGCGCACGACCCCUGGGCGCCCGCCGCGCCGCCGCCCGACCCCUGGGCGCCGCUCGCACAUAUGAACAGCAAGUCCCCGCUGAGCGCGAUGUCGUCCCCAUCCUCGGAGCUGGAGCAGUUCGACGCGCUGUCGCAGCGGCCGCGCAGCAACGGCACCACCGCGCCCGAGCCCGACCCCUUCGACCUCACCCCCCUCGCACUAGGAGACGCCCUAAACAACAAGCCAUCAUCAUCGACGCCGGCGCCCGCCACCGGCGCGGUCAAGAAGUCCCCAUCGCACUUCCUCGGAGAGAACUCGUCACUGGUCAAUCUGGACAACCUGAUGAAGCCGGCGGCGGCCGACGCCUUCGCGCCCAACCCCUUCGCCGUGGAGCCGCCGCAGCAGAUGUUCGCCGCGCCGCCGCAGCCAGCAGCGCGGCUCACAAUGAACGAGAUCAAGCAGCAGCAGCUGGGCGUGUUCCCCGGCGACGCCGCGUGGGCCGCGCCCCGCGAGCCCGCCUGGAGCCCCGCGCCGCCGCGCCACACGCCCAACCCCUUCCUGUCCUAGCGCGAUACCGGCUAAUCAGGCCAGCCCUGCGCCCCUUCACCCGAGCAUCACGGCCCGCACGCCACAGCCACCGCAAUAUCGACCCUCCUGCACCGGCACACGGACCACAAUCCAACACCGCACCGGGGAACAAAGUGUGUCCAUACAAAGGUUACGUUGUAGAGAACCUUAUUGUGAAAUUACUCGCUAGAUGGCGCUAUACAUGUAUGUGGCCGAACAGUUUUCUAAAUGGAGAAAAGAUAAGAGUAAUACUAAAAUACCUAUGGUAAUUAGCAGUCUAUUACAUGUAAUUUAGGUUGUAAAAGAAUAACGCUUUAUAUUUGUCAGUAAGAUUGGUGUAAGGUUCUCUAUCGUAUCGUGUGUCGGUGGAGUGUAUGGCUGUGUCCGUAGCUCCGUCACAGUUCGUCACAUGUUGCUUCUUGCACGCCGCCCGUCCAUGUGGGCAUGUGAUCUAUAGCUAAGUGUCGGACGCCGAAUCUAUUCAGAUUUCUCACUAAUCCAGAACAAUUAAUGUAAGUGAUUCCUGAUUUAUUUCAUUACUAACUUCUCUUUCACGGACACUGGUAACGUAAUAUUAAAAUUAAAAAUACAAUUUUGUAUCUUAACGUGAGGGAAAUGCUUAAAUUUAUUAUUUAUAAUGAAAAGUAACAAUAAAUGGACUCUAAAAUUUA